AUAAAAGGACUUGUGUCUAGCUUCUUGAAGUGACUUGGAACACUCGCAGUCACACGUUUGAGCGUCUCUGAGGCACAGGGCGUCUCCUCAACUUUAACAUCGGGAUCUUGUAAGGAAAAGCUGAACACCAUGAAGACAGGAGUCAGUCUAUGGGAGGUUGCGGUCGGAGUGUCGGUUCCAGUCGCCGCGUAUCUCGUGUUCGUGGUCCUGAAGUUCCUGAAGAAGUACAUUCGGGACAUCCGUACUGGACUGAAGUUUCCCUGCCCGCCCUUCCACUGGCUGUAUUGUAACCUGCAUUUGGCUGGUAAUGAAUUUGGUGAGGAAUACCUGGCCAUGACAAGAGACGUAGUGGAGAAACACCCUCGUGCUCACACACUGUGGUGGCCUGGGUACAUGCCCCUGAUCACUCUCACUCAUCCUGCACCAAUCAAACAGCUUCUGAAGGCUCCCACCAAGAAGUCUGUGGAUUAUGAUCAUCUGAGACCCUGGCUGGGUAACGGCCUGGUCAUCAGUAAUGGUCCCAUCUGGAAGGCCCAGCGACGUCUUCUGACUCCCGCGUUCCAUUUCGACAUUCUCAAACAGUACAUCAGCGUCUACAACAUGGCUGCUGAAGAGAUGAUCGAAAAGCUUGCAGAAUAUGACGGGAAAGACCAAAGUGUUGAGAUGUUCCAGCAGGCCAGUCUUUGUACCAUGGAGAUCAUCCUUCAGUGUGCUUUCUCUGGUGGAGGGAUGUCUGACAAAACAAAGGAAGACUAUCUUGGAGCAGUGAAGAAGAUUGGAGACUUAAUGGUUCAGGCCGAUCUGAACACCCUGUACUACAUAUUUCCCACCAUCUACUACCUGAGCUCGGGAGGGCGCGAGUUCCUCCGUGUGUGUGACUUUGUUCACGACACGGCAAAUUCAGUCAUCAGGCGAAGGAGGGAAGAACUGGAACGGGAUCCUGAGAUCUUAGCGGAGAAGAAGAGGCUGGAUUUUAUCGACAUUUUGCUGACGGCGCGAGACGAGGAUGGGCGAGGGAUGACAGAUGAGGAGAUCAGGGAGCAGGUGGACACCUUCCUGUUUGCAGGACACGACACCACGUCCAGUACCCUGUGCUGGACCCUGUACUCCCUGGCUCAACACCCUGAUCACCAGCAGAAGGUACAGGAGGAGGUGGAGGAAGUUCUGUCUGGGAGGGAUGGCAGCAUGAUUGAAUGGGAGGACCUUAACAAACUGACGUACCUGACCAUGUGUAUGAAGGAGUCCAUCCGGCUCCACACGAUCGUUCCUCUCAUCUCCCGCACCACCACCGAGGACACGGUCAUCAACGACGUCCCCAUCCCGAAGGACACUUACGUAGCCAUUCACCUGUACGGACUGCACCACAACCCUGAAGUCUGGGGACCUGAUCAUAUGGAGUUUGACCCGAGUCGUUUCCACCCUGACCGUAUGAAGGGAAUGGACUCUCAUGCUUUCAUACCGUUUUCUGCUGGACCAAGGAACUGCAUUGGACAGGCAUUUGCCAUGAAUGAAGAGAAGGUGCUACUGGCUCGUCUUCUCCACAAAUUUACCUUUGAACUUGACCCAACCCGCCCAGUGGAGAAGGACAUCCCCACCGUCAUGAAGACCAAGGACGGAAUGUGGAUGAAGGUCAAGGCCAAAAACACAGCUGACUAAAUGUCAUUCAUAACAACAUGCCGGGAUACCGUAAAUGCAUUAUUAAGCAUUUAUGGUUAGUUACUGUAGCUUAUUUGGUGGUAGGAGGGAAAAAGAGGUUUUCGUUUUAAGUGCUUGACAUGUGCUACACAUAUUUGCGUUCCAUAGAUUAUUUCAUCAGGUUGCUGAGUGAUUGAAUAGUAAACUUCUUUUAUUCACAACUGUUUGUUUAACACUAGCUGAUGUUUUGAUGGCUGUCUGUCAUUUUCAUGAAGGCUAACAUGACUGGUGUAUUGUUCACUGGAGCUAGGUUUUACUGGUUCACAACACCAGCAUGUUAGCAACACUAGUGCACAGUAAACCAAUCAUAGUAAUGGCGUUAGCUUUGAUUACUGUCAUGAUAAAGAUGACAGUAUUUGAAUCAUUACCUUGUGUUAAGCAAUAUUUACG